AUUGUUAUUCAACAAUAAAUGAGUGUGUGUGUGUCAAGAUUUUUAAUAAAAAAAAUAAAAAAAUAAAGUUUCUUGUUGUGUGACUUGUGUGUGAUAAUAUCAAGCAAUUUUCAACAAUUUCAAGUUUGUUAAUCAGCAUCCAAGAUGUCGAUAUUUAUUGCAAAAAAUGCAUUGAAAUUGUCUCCAGGAAUAUCUCGUCAAGGUUUCUUAGGAUCAACAGUUGUUGGAAGUAAACAAUAUGCAACAAAAAAUGAUAAUCAAGGAGGUAAAAAAAUUGUUUUUGUUGAUGCUGUUAGAACACCAUUUUUAUUGUCUGGUACUGAUUACAAUAAAUUGAUGGCACAUGAUUUAGCAACACACACAUUAUUACAUCUUCAGAGAAAAACAAAUAUUCCAAAAGAAAUGAUUGAUUAUGUUGUGUAUGGUACUGUAAUGCAAGAAGUUAAAACAUCAAAUAUUGGACGUGAAGCUGCACUUGCUGCUGGUUAUAGUGAUCGUACACCAGCUCAUACUGUAACAAUGGCUUGUAUAAGUAGUAAUGUUGCAUUAACAACUGGUAUGGGUCUCAUAGCAAGUGGUGCAUUUGAUGUUGUUGUUGCUGGUGGAGUUGAAUUUAUGACUGAUAUUCCAAUAAGACAUAGUCGUCAAAUGCGUAGUACAAUGCUUAAAGCAUCAAAAGCAAAAUCAUUUGGACAAACAUUAUCAAUACUUUCAACAAUUAGACCUGGACAUUUUAUUCCUGAUGUACCUGGUGUUGCUGAAUUUUCAUCUGGUGAAAUAAUGGGACACUCAUCUGAUCGUCUUGCAGCAUCUUUUGGUGUAACAAGAGCUGAACAAGAUGAAUAUGCACUUAGAUCACAUACACUUGCUAAACAAGCUGAACAACGUGGUGAUUUAUCUGAUUUAGUACCAUUUAAAGUACCAGGAAAAGAUAAAGUUGUUGAUAAAGAUAAUGGUAUUCGUGUAUCAACACCAGAAUCAUUGGCUAAAUUAAAACCAGCAUUUGUUAAACCAUAUGGAACAAUAACAGCAGCAAAUGCUUCAUUUUUAACUGAUGGUGCUUCUGCUGGUCUUAUUAUGACUGAAGAAAAAGCUAAACAAUUGGGACUUAAACCAAAAGCAUAUAUGAAAAGUUUUACUUAUGUUUCACAGGAUCCAAUUGAUCAACUUCUUCUUGGACCAGCUUAUGCUAUUCCAAAAGUUUUGGAUAUUGCUGGACUCUCAAUGAAAGACAUUGGUGUUUGGGAAGUUCAUGAAGCAUUUGCUGCUCAAAUAUUAGCAAAUUUAAGAGCUUUAGAUUCAGAUUAUUUUGCUAAAGAAUAUCUUAAAAAAAGUGCAAAGAUUGGAGUACCAGAUUUAAAAAAAUGGAAUGCUUGGGGUGGUUCACUUUCAAUUGGUCAUCCAUUUGCAGCAACUGGAGUUAGAUUAGCUUGUCAUACAGCCAAUAGAAUGAUCAAAGAAGAUCAACAAUUUGGUCUUAUUGCAGCUUGUGCUGCUGGUGGACAGGGUGUUGGUAUGAUCAUGGAAAGACAUCCAGAUGCAAAAUUAUAAAUAAAUAAUUAAUUUACUAUUUUUAUACACCAGUUAUGGAAAUAAAAUUUAGAAUUUAUAUCAAAUAAUUAAAUGAAAAAAAAAAAAAAUUACUUAUAUUGUUAAAAGUAUAUUUUUUUGUAAAUUUUUGAUCAUAUUUUUUUUUCACAAAUUAUGAACUAAUUGAAUAUAGUAUUGUUAAUAAAAAUAAAAGAGAAAUUUA